ACGCCACCACUUGCUCUGAGCAGGCAGUGAAGUUGCCGUCGUGCAACUGCGCGAGUUGCUGCCGCCCAGACCCGCCCGCUGCCAAAACGGCCACCGCUCACGCAACGCCCGCUGCUCAGACGCCGGUCUUCACAACGCGUGGGCCCAACAGCGUGGCCCUUUGGCAGCCUCCUGGCCCAGGCCGCAAGGCUGGCGGGUGCGCUGGGCCGACCACGAUGCACACGGAUCCCAUCUGGCAGGCCGUGACGCUCGCCGAGUGCCAAGAGUACUGCGCUCUCGACAUCGAUUGCGUGGCCAUCGAGUUCACGGAGUUCGUCCCAAAGUGGCAGCGCUUGAACGCACGAGAGUACGCGCGCUGCACGAUCAUCGACUUCCCCUCCAAAGUCACGCACGUCUUGCCGCGUCCCGACGGCGCUCGCUGCCUCGUCAAGCCGGCGCGCGGUCUCUGCCCUCCCCCAACGCGCGAUUGCCCGUGCUGCUGGCUCGCCGGGCCCGGCGUCGAUUUCAAGUACGGCAGCACGCCGUGCGCCGAGCUGCAGAACGCCGACCUCAGCAACAUGAACCUCGAAGGUGCCAAACUGGACGGCGUGGACAUGCAGUGCGCCAAGCUGGACGGCGCGUCACUCAAGGGGGCCAGCUUUGGCGGCGCGAACCUCAAGUCUGUCAGCUUCGUCGGCGCCAACCUCGACGGCGCCGACUUCACCCAGGCCGACGCCAACUUUGCACGCUUCGGGGGAGCCAACCUCAAGAGCGCGAAGUUUCUUGAGGCCAACGUCGAGAGGGCCGACUUCAAGGGCGCCGUGGGACUGCGGUUUGCCGAGUUCGCGGGAGCAAAAGGGAUCGAGCUCGCCACAUGGGGCCCCGGAGGCGUCGCGGGGCGAGGGGCACCGCCCCCUCCGCCCCCGCCCUAG